AGGAUAUAUGCCCCAUUGGGGGAGCGGAACUUCCCAAAGUAAACCCAUCAUAAAUUAUAAACAAAAUAUACUAAUUUCUUGGAAACAAUUUUGAUUAAAGUCUUACUUUCAUAAUAAAAAAAAAACCAAAUAAUGAAAAAGAGAAUUUGAUCAAAAGUGAGUUAGUCUAAGUUUUAUGGGCCCCGGGGUCAGAGCUUUGCCCUGGACACUCGGGGGGCCUUUAAGGCGGUUUCCAGAAUCCCAACCUAUUGCCCCCUUCAACAUAUACUGGACUCGCCACUACAAGCCAAAUAAAAUAAAAUGAAAAGAGGACAUACUUUGUUUUUUACAUGAAUGUACACGUAUGAUACAUCUUUAUUGAAGCGAAAAUGUAAAUUGGAGGUGGGUAUAUUUCAUUUUCGGUCAUUGUUGUAGUUUUGCUGCAGUCAACAUUCUUCUCCCUUCCUUUAGAAAUACUCUCCUCAAACAACAAAACAAAGUAAAAACAAGUAUGCCGUAAGCCCCGAAUAUAAAUUCACUAAACAUACACUGGUCAAACUACAGCCUCUUGUGCGGUUUGGAGAUGAAGACAGAUUUUGUCAUGUAUGACAUUCGUGAUACUGAGGUGAUACUGUAGUAUAGGACUAAAAAUCUGGCAGGAAGUUGUAGGGGGUAAUUACGUCAGCUUGCCUUUAGCCCCAUCUAAUAUAUAUAUAAAUCACAGCAACACUAGGCCUAAUGUCUGACACUACGGUGUAUGCCCUGUGGUUUCUAAGAAACAUUCUGAACCAGACUGGUUACAUCUCUUAUAUCCAUUACGAUUUCCAGGACCAUAGAAAGAUUAAUGACGAGCGUAAAUGCAAGUUUCAUUCUUACCACCGUCAUGUCCCCUAUCAAUGAACCCCCCCCCCAAAAAAAAACCCCACAAACAAACAAAACAACAACAACACAAUUUUCAUUGUUUAUAUCUACAGUCGACACCAGCCAGGAUCGUCUCAAGUGGCUGCCAUGUUCUUCGUUGACAUAUGAACUCGAACCUCUUUACUAAAAUUGAUAAGGAGGAAAAAACUAUUAUAAUUGUAUGUAAAUAUAAAAUAUCUCCUCAUUAUACGAUGAAAGUGCAUGCACCACAGCAUAUAGGAGUAUUAAAAAAAAAAGUUGGAUCUUGACAGCUAUGCAGUUCCAUACUUCCAUAAAAAGAGUUAUCAAUCUUGAAUCAAAAAAGUGUGUAUAUCAUUUACUACAAUGCUUUUUCGUUUUAUGAAUAUUUAAAAUCCCGUAUGUAAAUUUGAAUUUCCGAUCAUAGUUGGUUCCAACUUCCGAUUAAAGAAUGCAUGUGGUUGUUUGUGAUCGUGGCGAUAUAUGCUCUUAAUUCACCAAGAGAUUAAUUGAAUGAAAACAUACUUUGAAUUAUACACGAGGAAAAGUCAUUCACGGUCGAUUGGAUUAGUUUAAUCAGGAUUGUGCCCUCGUGUGGAAAGUUCGAAUAAUAGGCAUAUAUCGCGAAGAAGAAUAUACGUUUGUUUACAGUGGGUGGUGUUAAAAAAAAUUAAAUUGGACAAUCGUUUAUGAUACAUUACCUUCUACCGAAAACCAAAAGAUAUGUACCGGGUUUUUUUCUCGAUUUUGUAACUUUUAACGAGUGUGUGGUCUGACGCUGUGUGUGAACGUGUGUAUCGAUUCUGUUUGGAAUAUUGAUUCAUUGCAUUCGAAAGACAGCCUUGCUUUUUAAAAAAUGUGGUAUCUUUAAAAUUACAACGUGACCACUGAGGGAUCUGUGUGUAUAUAAGUGUAUACCCUCUUUAUCGUGGUAGACUCUUGCCCAUUCAGACUACGCCGGGGAACUUACUCCCAGAUUCCUCUACCCUAAAGGGAUCCAGGAUGGAUUGGUUUCGUGUAAAUGACGUUUUUAUGUCUAUUUUCACCUUAAUAACUUACAUUAUGGACCAAAUUUACAGCAUUGAGUAUCGGAAAGGCUUCCAAAAGUUGUGGUCACUGCUGAAAAGGAUGGGGAGCGCUCUUGGGGUGCAGACUUGGAAGGACCCGGGAGACAUCAGAAACAACGCGGUUCUGGCAUCACGGAAUCGCUACAUCGAUGAACAGUUCGAGUUAGAUGAACAGGAGCAAGACGAACUCGAUGGAGUGGUCAGAAAUAGAGCACACACUAAAAUGAAAGCUAAUGUUUCUAAAUUACGAGCUGCCGUCAGGUUCACAGGUGUCUAUAACCAUACCCGGAAAUUGAAAAAAAUGCCCUCUGUCCUUAACGACAUCGAAAUCAAGGCCAUGGAAAUCAAUCCAAGGGACCACACCUACCCUUUUGAGAAUCUGGUCUUUGAAGGGGGCGGAAACAAGGGGCUGGCGUAUUGCGGUGCAGUUCGGGCGCUUGAGGAGUUGAAUCUCAUGAAACAAGUCAAACGGUUCGCCGGGGCCAGUGCUGGGGCCAUGACUGCAGCCCUGCUCGCUGUGGGGUUCAGUUCCAGCGAUAUCCAAGGCUUCCUGAGUCAGGAUAUGUCCAAAAUGUUCCUAGAUGCAAAGUUCGGGGUCUUUAGCUUGUUACCUAAUCUAUUGUCUGGCUAUGGCUGGAAUCCGGGCAACCGAAUUUACAACUGGUUUGGAGAGAUGAUGGAACAAGCGAUGGGGAACAAAGACAUUACUUUUGGGGAGCUCUAUGAGAAGACGGGAAAAGAACUGUGUGUUGUUGUAACGAAUCUAAAUCAUAUGACCGAGGAAUAUUGUCACGUGAAAACUACACCGGAUAUGCCCAUUAGACUGGCUGUACGCAUGUCUAUGGCAAUUCCCGGAAUGUUUCAAGCUACAAAUUACACUUACAAUGGGGAGACCAAUACUUACGUAGACGGUGGCGUGAUAUGCAACUACCCAAUACAUUGUUACGAUGGCUGGUGGUUGUCCAUGAAUUCCUCGGACAGUUUUCUUGAGAGGCUCCAGCCACUGGACGAACUUCCCAAACUGUUAGACAGACGGAAAAGGUUCAACAGACUUCACGGUGACCCCAUGAAAACGCUAGGCUUUCUACUGUAUGCAGAUUCCGAGCAGGACGUGUUCAGAUUUCUGUUGGAGAAAAGAAUAGGUGCACAUUUGGAUCCAAGUCCCAAUACCAAACUAGCAAAAAUGAAAAUGGAGCAGAAAAAAGUACAGGAAAAAGCCAAGCGAGAACAUCGGAGAGUUAUGAUGGCUGUGGAUGAGUUUUUGAAGGUGUUGAAGAAACACAACUUGGACAAAGACCACACCAUUAGUAGAAGUGAAUUAGGAAACGCCUUUAUGGACGAGGAGUUUUCUAAGAAGAGCAGUGAAAUGUUGUUUGGUAAGGACUGCACUGUACAACAGGCAUUUGACCUCCUGGACAAAGAUGGGAACGGCGAGAUAAACUUUAAUGAGUUAAUGAACUUUAUACAAGGCACUGGAAUCAGUCUUCAGCAGCGUUUCCUUGGUUACCAGAGACGAGACAUCAAUGGCAUCUUCGAAUUCUUUGACACAUUACAGAAUGCUCUCCUAACUAAUGUCAAAAGAGCUUUCGUUAAUGACCAGGAUCUAGACAGAACAGUAGGCAUUAACACUGGUCACGUGGGAACUUCUGAUUUUGUGCUUGAAGAAGACGACAGGAAGUUUGCUGUCUCGCAAGGCUACAAAUCCACGUUGACUUUUUUGAAAUACUUUGCUGCUAAAGAAGAACUCGCGCGCAUGGAUACUUCGAUCAAAGAACGAAUUCGUUCAUUAUCUCAGGGAGGAGGAGACAUCGAAGAGGGAGACGAGACUGAUGACGAUAUUGAUGACGUCUUAGAGGAUAAUGUGAUAAAGGAAGGAAAUGAUGAAUUGGAUGCCCUAAUUGAUGGAAAAGUAGCGAUAGGAUGACGAAUAAAAAAAAAGUUUGAACUGGAAUCCAUAAAUCCAAGCUUUGGUCUCAAUAUUGACCAUAUUGAUGGCAAGGGAACCGUUUUCUUAAAAGUUCUGGGAAGGUAACGCCUGGCGGAUCCAUUGUGCAGAAACACACGUUUGCCAUUUUGAUUUUGUUAUUCGAACUUUUGAUAUGUUUUUACUUGAUGUUUGUGUUCAACAAAAAUAAAUAUACUUUGCUUAGUAACCAAUCGAA